AUGGUGGAGCACAUUCGCUCCAUGAUUCGCUUCCGGGGCGGGCCGAUCAGCGUGGCCGACUACAUGGAACAGGUGCUGACGAGCAGCAGUGCGGGUGGGUAUUACAUGCAGCGGGACGUGUUCGGGAGGGAGGGCGACUUCAUCACGUCGCCUGAAAUCUCCCAGAUGUUCGGCGAGAUGGUGGCGGUGUGGGCCAUGAUGACGUGGCAGCAGCUGGGCGCGCCCCCUAGAGUUCGAAUAGUGGAGCUGGGUCCGGGGAGAGGCACGCUCAUGGCUGACCUGCUGCGCUCAUCCGCCAAGUUCACGCCCUUCAGUGCAGCGGUGGAGGUGCAUCUGGUGGAGGUGAGCCCGGCUCUCAGGCGCCUGCAGUGGUCCGCCCUCAAAUGCCAAGCUGCAGAGGCGCAAGGGGGGAGGGAGGACGUUGGGGGGACGCAUGGGGGAAGGGCGGAUGGUGGGGGCGCGGAGGAGGCAAGCACUGGUGGAGUGGCGUCAGGAGGUGAAGCAGUCGCAGCAGUAGGCGCGCUUGAGCCCCAAGGGUCACCUUCUGCAACGGCACCAUCGCAACCACAAUCACCCUCCUCCUCAUCACCAUUACCAUCACCAUCAGCGUCACCAUCACCACCACCAUCACCAUCACCAUCACCACCAUCACCAUCACCAUCACCACCAUCACCAUCACCAUCACCACCAUCACCAUCACCAUCACCACCAUCACCAUCACCACCAUCACCAUCACCAUCAUCAUCACCAUCACCAUCACCAUCACCACCAUCAUCCUCAGAAGCAGCGGCGGGGGAGGUGGCAUUCCCGGGGACGGGAGUGUCGGGGCUGAGUGGAGCCACAGUCACGUGGCACUCUGCCCUGGAGGACGUACCCGAGGGAGUGCACGCCAUCCUCAUCGCACACGAGUUCUUUGACGCUCUGCCCGUGCGCCAGUUCCAAAAAACAGAGAGAGGGUGGUGUGAGAAACUAGUUGAUCUGGCAGAACCAGACAAAGAAGGCCAUCCAUCUGAAGCCCACUCCAACCCGAGCCAUGCACAAAAGGACACCAGUGGCCAUCCAUCUGCCAACUACCCUUUCCGAUUCGUCCUUUCCCCGGGGCCGACUGCGGCAAGCACUCUUUGUCUUCUUCCUCGCAUGCAAUGGGCCCCACUGGAGGAGCGGGUGGCAGCCGUCCACGUGGAAGUUUGUCCUAUAGCAGUGAAGAUUGCGCUGCAGAUCACGGAGAGGGUGGCGAGAGAUGGUGGGGCGGCGCUGAUAGUGGACUACGGGGAGGACAAAUUGAUAUCCGACAGCCUUCAGGCCAUACGCAAGCAUGAGUUUGUGAAUGUGUUGGAUGCGCCUGGCACGGCGGAUCUGAGUGCGUAUGUGGACUUUGCUGCCCUCCGCCAAGCCGUCACUGAUUCCAAGUUGCCAGCUCGGGCGUACGGCCCCAUCACCCAGUCACAACUACUUGGUCGGCUGGGCAUCAACUUCCGGGUGGAGGCGCUGCUGCGAGUGGCAUCAGAGCAGCAGGCGGAGGCUCUCAGAGACGGGUACUGGCGGCUCGUGGGCGACGGGGAACCCCCGUGGCUUGAUGAGGAGGAUGAGAGUGCGGGCGUGGAGGGGGGGCGUGUGGAGAGGGAGGGAGAGGUGGGAGUGCGUGGGGCUGAUGGUGGUGUUGGUGGGGUUGAGAGUGGUUCUUCUGGGAAAUGUGGUGGUGGUGGCAGCAGUGGCAAGGGAUCGUUCGUGGGCAUGGGAUCGACGUACAAGGCUCUUGUGAUCGCGAGUGAGAAGCUAGGCGUGCCGGUUGGAUUCGAAUGA